AAAAGAUUAAAUGAAUAAAUAAUAAAAUGAAGCAAAGUUCUCUGUCUAUGUUUGCCGAGGAUACCCUUAAAAACUUUGGCACGUUCUUAAAAGAGCAUGAUGGAAAAUUAAAUUCCCUAAGGAAACAAAUGCCUGUUAGCGACAGUUCAACAGUGCCGACAUCACUAGCCCCAGUGGUUGAAAUUACUACUAACACAGAGGAUUAUCUGGCCUUGGCACCCGGAAUGCAUGUGCAUAUGGAAGCGGAGCUAUUUUCAAAUAAAUUGCAAGCGACUUUAGCACACCUGUGCAAUCAAUGUAAAGAUUUGGCUAAAUAUGCAUGCCAGUUCCAGUUAAAAUUUCUCCUAACAGAUGCACAUAUUAAGGAUGUGAUGACAGGGUGUAGUGUCAAUAUAGCAAAUGAAUUUACCCUUUUUAAAAUGAGUUGUGCAAUCGACUUUUUUUGUCAAGUCUAUAUAUUAUUAAAACACAUUGUUAACUUGCUAGAGCAUAUGUUACACCAAAUCACAGCAUCUAUGGCAAUAUCGGAGGGUUCAAGUUCCCAUGUAUUUAGUGUUUUUGAUUCCAUGAUUGAGCUUUUGGAACAUCUCGUUAUAUUUAACGAGAUUACAGAGCAAUCGAGCUUCGCCACAAAUUGGCUUCUUUAUAAAAAAUGGCUUCAAAAGUUGGCAAAAGAUCCAAACGUAUCUUCUACAAAUUGCACCGAAUUGGAACUCAAGGGUCUACAGCAGGCUAUUGAUGAUAUUGAAGUAGUUAUCUCCGGGAAUGUGUAUCCGAUGCUAUUAAACAAACUGCUGGAGCUGAAAAAACGAUUGAAUUUAAAAGAUUUUAAUAGCAUCACGCAACAUUCCAACACUUACAUUCGCCAAAAAAUGCUUGAUAUUGAAACUAAUCAAUCCAAUGAGUAUAGAAACUAUGAAGAGCCGAAGCAUGUUGUUCGUCUAACUGCAUUAGUUUCAGUGCUUUAUGAACUAGGAAUACAAAUCGAUGGAAAAUUAAGUAAAAACAUUACUGAAUUGUUAUCCAAAUACCAACGCUUGGCGUUAUAUAUGAAUGUUAUCUGGUCUCCUAGUAUCUUCCUAUCUAAGCACUCAAAAACGUUCGCCAAAUUGCCUGAUAAAUUUCCGGACAACUCAAAACAAUAUCAUACUAUUGUUGAAAAAUUAAACAGUUGUGAUCAGAGAAGUUGUCGUCAGUUGUGUACACAGAUCGCAUUGUGGACAAUAAAUGUGCAGGGAGUAAUUAACGCGGGCGUCUUCGAUCAACUGAAACAUUUCUCAAAAUUAAUUGUAGCUGGACAAAAAUAUGCAGAUGAAGUGAACUGCCUAAUCGGCGGAUUAAUAAACCGACACGUUGCCUUAAUGAUUCCAAUAACACAAGCAACAACAUCUAUUGUUUGUAAGCUCGUGCAGCUUUUAAAAAUAAUACAGCACACAUUUGCGUCUAAUCAAUUCUGUUUUAUACGAUUUUUAAGUGCAAUUAUACAAUGGCAAAGACAUAAGAUCUUGCAACUAUUGUCAGAUGCCAAGAAAAGACUAGUUGAUGCAAAAUUACUGCAACGAAAAAUGAACAUAUUAUCAAUGUUAAAGCUAGCUGAAAAACUUUUAAGAAGCCAGCACAUAAAUAAAAAUUUGAUGAUGAUCAAUUUAAUUUUCAAUGAAUUUAUUGAGAAGGAACGUGCUAUAUCAACAGAUACGCAAAAGAGCUUUAAAACCAUUGUAGCACGGGUUAACUAUUUAAGCAAUUUUCAAAGAAAUAUUACGGCACAGUUCGAUAAUACUAGACUACUCUACAUAUAUUGGUCUCUCGCAAUAUCGCGUAAAAGUGACGUUGUGGAAAAACAAAGAAAUGCCUAUGCCUUACAAAAUAUAUUUGCAGCAACAAAUCAGCUGGAUAAAACUACAAAUAUAUUUGAAGUCUGUGAUAAAAAUAGCUCAAAAUCAACUGUAUACGAUAUGGUGAUGGAGAGCUUAUGUACUAAUCUGGAAUUAUUCCUGCGUGUAGAAGCUUUAUCACAUUUAUUUUUAAGCCAAGAGCUUCCAUUCAAUCAGACAACGAUUGACUAUCGAAACUGCAUCAGCGUCUCUCCAACUGAAAUGCAUGGGGAGUACAGCAUUUUAAAAGAUAGCCUAGAAAACUAUUUUUCUGCAACAUUCUACAACUUGACAACAAUAGCGCCUCACGAUUGGAAGUCCUACGAAAAGAUGCGCCACUUUGCCUUCAAACUCUUUCAACUGCAACCUGUCGACGAUUAUUUACCCAAUCAAAUAAUUGAUCAAGGCAUAGAUGUGCUGCAAAUAAUGCGAAAUAUUCACACAUUCGCCUCGACGUAUUCGUACAACAUGAACCUGCAGUUGUUUGUCGAGAACAACGACAAAAAUAAGUAUUUGGAUAUAAUUGGAACCCGCCAUGUCGCAAAUUCUGUGCAAACCCAUGGCACUGGUAUAAUAAAUACCACUGUCAAUUUUAUUUAUCAAUUUUUACGCCAAAAGUUUUACACAUUUUCAACGUUCUUGCAUGACGAACAUAUAAAAUCACGUCUUUUGAAGGAAUUUCGGUUUUACAACGAACAAAAAAAUAUAAAACAGCAUCAGUCUUAUCCCUACGACAGAGCCGAAAGUUUUAUUAAGAAAAUUCGUAAGCUUGGGGUGUCCAACAAUGGCGACUCCUAUAUGGAUCUAUUUAGAAAAGUCAUCACCCAUGUUGGAAAUGCCGUCGGAUAUGUGCGGUUACUACAAUCGGGCAGCAAAAACGCAAACUAUAGAAGUCGUGCCUACAUGUCCAGAUACGCCAACAAUUUCACGAACCACAGUACACAACCUCUCCACAAAACAACUGAGGAAUCAAUUAAACAAUUUGAAAAAAGUGUCGGGCAUAUGAAGGAAUGUCAUUCGGAAUCCACAAAUUACUUUAAGCUGUUAAUGCAGGCGUUUCAGCCAUUCUUUUCCAAUAAAAAUAAUUAUCAUUUGAAGAACUUUUUUCUCAUCACGCCAUCUCUAAUAAUGAACUACAUUGAUCAUCGUGUGAAGGAAAAGCUAAAUAUUUACAAAAAAGAUCAGCCAAACUGUUCGCUCUUUGAGGAUGGAUUUGCCGUUGGACUGGUUUAUAUAUUGUUUAUGCUGAAUCAGGUUGGGGAAUUCCAUGAACUAGCCUGGCACUAUACUGUUACCCAGCAACUGAACUCAGAGCGGCAAAAAGUGAGGGAAAUCUUUACUGCUGCUCACAAUACGGCGGACGCCACAAAUGCGUCAGUACAUGCGAAGGAUAAUGAAGACGAAAAGCUGAUGCAGACAGUUGCGAUAACUGAAAGGCAUAUUAAGGCAUAUGAGAGUGAAUAUAAUCAUUUGUAUGCUUCACUGAGUAGUGCUGAAAUUUUUUUUCAAUAAAUUGUUAAAUUAUUUUUG